UGUACUGUGUCUAGCAAUAACAAACUCCGAGCCUAGGAAGAUAAGGCUCAAGGCAGGCAUAACAUGCAUUCCGCCAAUCCACUGCCGCUUCCAGCCGUUUCCGAUUUUCCUCGCAUCCCGCCAGCACCAGCGUCCCCUCGGGUCGCUAUGGCUUGGACCCUUGCAUGCUUCCGCCAUUGAAAACCCUGGCACUUCCAAGUAAUCCAUUACCAAAAGGUCGAUGUGCGGCCGAAACCCGUGCCACCUAGGUGUGUGCGGCCUGUUUGAGCUCUUUGUGUCUGUGCGCCAAUGGUCUGAUGUCUACGGGCGGGAGCUGAAAAACAACCCCGCUGCUCCCGUAGGGCUGCCCACUGCACCCACAGUAGCAGAGCCUCUAGAGGCAAUCGUGCAGAAGAGCUGACUGGAGACUGUGUGAACUAGCACACUGGGCGGGCUGCUCUGGUCUUAGCAUGGUCUGAGGCAUCUUUGGUGGCUGCCAGCCGAGUUCAAGACAUUUGUUGUCCCGCUAUUUCUAUUUUGCACUUUCUUCCUUCUCGUUGACAGCCUCAUCGACAAAUAAGCACAGCAGGUGUUCUUACAGCACAUCGAGCGGCGCAUUCGCCAGCUUUUGUAGCUAUGGCGAAGCUGCUACAGGUGGUGUUACUGCUGAAACUGGCCGCCUUGUUGGCAGCACAAACGACAAAUGGCACGGCUUCAGCGUCGAAUACAGCCUCGGUAUCCUCCGCAACCGACGAUACAUCUACCCUUCCUACCACUACACCUACCACGGUGACUUCUGAUAUCACCAGCACUGCAUCAGAUACCACGAGAACCGAACCGACAACCUUGACCACAAACACUGUCGUUAGCUCAACAUCUACAGAAUCAUCCUCCGUGCCCACAAGUUCUUCGCCUUCGCCAUCCACGACUUCAGAGCCUCCGACCAGCACAAGUAGUGAUACCACUACAUCCAGUCCUACCAUCACCACCCCACCUACCUCCUCCGAGACCGUGUCAUCCACCGAAUCGAGCUCCUCCGAACACACAACCAGCACCUCUUCGCCGGUUGUCAUCACCACCACCAGCUCGUCCGUUUCCUUGUCGACCAGUACAUCCUUCGUCACUGAGGUGCUGCCGACGACAUCUUCUGAUGGUGUAGCGGGCUUCACAACGUUGACGUCUGUGGUCGUCGCCACAAGUCCUGCCACCACCGUCGUCGAUGUGGGCACCUUCACCGGCACUCCCAGCAGUAGCCCGUCUGUCGCUGCAUCGUCAAACGGUGGGAGCAGUGGUGGCAGUAGCCUGUCCACUGGCGCCAAGGCCGGCAUCGGGGUCGGUGUUGGCAUUGCCGGCGUCGCUGCCGCUGCUUUUGGCGGUUGGUACAGCUGGUACAUGAGACGACGUAGAAAGCGAAACUCCAUCUCUGCCGGCGACAGAUACGGCAACGAUCCCAUGCCUAGCAUGAGCGGCCUAGGGAGCCCUCCGUCAGGGGGAGCCCCUUCAAUGGGCGCCAUGGCAGCAGUGGCGGGAUAUUCCUCGAAUCGAUCAAAUACUCGUUCCGAACUACCUUCCCCUCCGCUAAACGCAGGGCCUGUCCCUCCACCUCGAUCUCCUGAUCGUCUUCUACCCGGCGCUGCAGGAGUACGACCCUGGGGUUCGAUGUCACCGCCACAACAGGAGUCUUCACAGAGAUCCAUCUCAGAGCAGAGUGAUUAUUCUGCGGGGGCUGCUCCAUAUCAACCAUCCAAUCAGUACCAACCACCAGCGGAUGUGAACCCAGCCGCUGCAAGCUACCUGGCUGAAGUCCAUGGAACGCCAGAAUCACAGCAGAAUCCUUUCCAACAGCCCGACAACCAUGCGGAGGGCGGAUACUAUUCUGGUCAACAGACUGCGCAAGAUCCGUAUGAGAUGCCAGGACAAGCUCAAUCAGGUCUUGGUUAUCGUGGCGUCGACCCUGAAGUUCCCUACCAUCAGCGGGGGGUGCCUAUCCGGCCGGGUCAUCUAGGCCCUGCGCAUAAUUUCUAAUCGUCGAAAAAGGGCGUACAGUAUAGUCUCAGAUUUAAUGACAUAAUAUGACAUGUUCACGGCAUCAA